CUGGAGCCAUGGCUGUCUGUCGGCGUGCUCGUCGUUGUUGUCGCGAUAGUCGAGAGUCGAAUUCUUUGGAGAGUAUUCGCUUAGCGAAAACCCUAGGACUGCUGUGGGUCACCUGACCUGCCGCGGCGGUGUUGGGCUUUGCCGAGUGCCCUAGAGACUAACAGGACUUUAGCGUAUCCGGUAACUAACUCUUCCAGAUCAACUCCCUUCCACGCACGGACUCUUAAUCAGCAAAAGUCGCGAUAGUCGCAUCAGACAACAGACAACAGGCCUUUGUCUGUGACUUUGGAGCGCUACGAGGACUCUUUCAUCUGUCUAGUUAGAAGGAUCAUGGCAAAGAUGUCUUCUAGCAACUGCUAAUCAAUUGCCAUUAUAUAUCAUUAUUCAUUUCAGAGUCUUCUCUCGAAGUCCAUCUCAUAAUGACAGCCAAGAAGACACCCAAGAAACUUUCGCAGCUUUCACGCGGCCGUCCACCAACGCUGCGUGCGGGUCGUCCAGCCUUAUCUGCAAAGGCGACCAGAAAUUUGAUCCGUUCUCACCAUCGGCUCUUGAAAGCACGUGCGCAGGCUCUAGAAGCAGGUGAUGACGAUCUAGUCCGCAAGCUUGAUAGUCAGAUUCAGGCGAAUGGUGGGUUAGAGAGUUAUCAGCUCGCCAGCAAGAUUGGACAAUCGCUGGAGCGAGGUGGUGAUACCAGCAAGCUCUUGAUUGAAUGGAUCAACUCGACGUUGAGGGAGCUCAAAGGGACUCCAUUCAAACUGCGCGUGCUUGAGGUCGGAGCACUUAGUACAAAAAAUGCGUGUUCUUUGAACCCAUUUCUCGACGUCACUAGGAUCGAUCUACAUUCUCAGGAACCCGGUAUUCAGCAGCAGGAUUUUAUGGAGAGGCCCCUCCCUGCUUCGCAUGAAGAUCAGUUCCAUCUAAUCAGUCUGUCGCUGGUACUGAAUUACGUGCCGGACGCCAUCGGGCGAGGCGAGAUGCUCAAGCGCUGUGUGAAUUUCCUCACAGACGUGUUUCCUUCUGGGUGCCCAAUGACGGGUUUCAAGCCCUUGCUGUUCCUUGUGCUACCAGCUGCGUGUGUUACCAAUUCAAGAUAUCUCACAGAAGAGAAAUUGCGACGAAUAAUGUCCAGUAUAGGCUUCUCUCUGGCCAGAAGCAAAACGACCUCCAAACUGAUAUAUCAGCUCUGGGAAUAUAGCGCAACUCCAGAUAAAAUGCUCUUCAAGAAGGAAGUGAUCAAUCCUGGCAGGACCAGAAACAAUUUCGCCAUCGUUCUCCGCGACAGCCUCUCAGCAUCUGUGUCAGAGACAUAGUCACCAAGGGCAAAUCCAACGAAGA